GAAGCCAUUGUCCAGCGCGGAACAUCUUAAAGCAUAGCCAAACAAUGAACCCUAGCUCGGCCACUGGACGUCCACCGGUCAAAGUUCAUUGAUGUCACCGCCUCAAUAAACUACUGACCAAUCAGAGCGCCAGGAACCGGUCCCACCUCCGCUCAAUAGACAGCGUACAGAGCUUUAUCUCCUUUUGACAACGUGCCGAAUUCUAUGUAACUGGGAUUUAUACACUGUUCUUUUAUUGAGAGGAAGUGUGAUAAAAUAAUGUCAGCUUUAAUGUUCGAAAAUUGUAUAAAUCGCCAGGAAAUGCUAGAAAGCCGCCAUUCUGAGCUAUCGUCUUCUUCAGAGCAACACGAACUCUUCGCAAUCAACUUGUACAGCAAAGAUCUAUUUGGAGUAACCUUUUAUAACGCCAGUUCCUUGCAAUAUACCUCAAUGUCUCCACUGCCUUUCGGCAUCACGUCCAAUCACAACGAUUACGCCAUGGACCGUCUACACGCGGCGUCUUCACUUCUGUCCCUUGGGAGCAAGGGUGACCUAUUACCGAUCACCAUUGAGACUCAAGAACCCGACUUCAACAAGGCCAUCGCCUCCGUCAUCUGGUCUCGACAUCAUCAUCAGACUCCGUCGACUAUCUUCAAAUGCGGCGUCCCGAACUGUCCGCUGUGCCCUGCAAGAGAUACAUCUAGCACUAUUCUGACUGGACAGGUAGACAUUCAGCGCAGUGACCGAGAGCCAACAAAGUCGUCUCGUCGAUCAACCGUUGUUAACUGGCUGGUUUCGUCGUCGUCGUCCACGCCCUUAUCGACGGCUCCAUCUAGCGGUAGCGUUAUCUACGGUACCGUGCCUUCGAACUCUCAACCACUACCACCUUAUCUUGCCUCUUCCCAGCGAUCAUGGCCCGCUCCGGCAUCACUUACCGGCUCGGUCUACUCGAACUCCGAUACCGAAGGCUCGCGAUCUUCUCCAACUAGCUCCCUCCCGUCUCCUUCGUACCUUACCGAGAUCAUCCGAUGUUCUCCGAUGGUUCCCGCUUCAACGCCGGACAUCUCCGCGAUGCCUACAAAGCGCCAACGAUUGCAUGAGACAUCGAACACUUCAUUGAACCUCCCCGGUGAACGCCAGCUGUCUUUCUCCUGCAAGUUCUGUCCCAAGCGAUUCACUCAGGCCUCCAGCUGUUCGUUCCAUCAGCGAACCCACACGGGAGCUCGUCCCUUCCAAUGUCCGUCCUGUUCCAAAGCCUUCGCUCAGAGAACGUCUCUUCGUACUCAUCUACGCACUCAUACAGGAGAUCGUCCUUACUGCUGCCAGGACUGUCAACAACGAUUCGGGGAUUUGUCGACGUUGACCAAACAUCGUCGUACUCAUACUGGGGAACGUCCCUACCGCUGUCAACAUGAAGGAUGUCAGCGAGCUUUCGCGCAGUCUGGCAACCUGAAGAGACAUUACAGGACACAUCUUCUGGACCGAAAACUGGAAAUGAUUACAGUCUGAAUGCAACGACUAAAGAAUCUUCAUUUGGUCAUAGACUUGGGAAAAUCUUCCAUCUUUUUAAAUAUGUUGCGAAUGUUUUAUAUUUCGAUCAAGGAUGUAUGUUGUUAUUGCCGAAAUUCUUGCAUCAAACACCAAAUAAAUACUAUUUAUGAUCAUUGAAAUAAUUGCAAGCUUAAUGUUAAUUUUUGUUUAAAUUAUUCAUUCAAUUUUAUUUUGAUAUCAAUA